AUGCUGGUGCAGCUGUACUCGGUCCUGGCGUUCCUGUGCCAGACUUUAGCUCUUAAAAAUCAGCCACCCGUUGAAAUCGAGGAAAACCAGGCUGCAUGGAUAGCGAACCACGUGAAGAAGGAUGUGGUGGUAGUGGGCGCAGGGAUCGCGGGGCUCUCAGCGGCCAGGAAACUAAUCGCCAAAGGAUUCUCGGAUGUCCUCGUCUUAGAGGCUCAGGACUACCUCGGUGGAAGAGUCAAGACCCAUAGGGAAGGAGACAUUCUGACGGAGGACGGGGCCGAGUGGAUCAAUGGGGGCUGGAUGAACCCUCUUUAUGGUCUCGCGGAAAACCUGGGCGCAUUAACUCAGCCACUGCCAGAUAGUGCUUACGGUCAAGACGCAGCCGGGCAGAGCGGACCCGCGAGGCUUAGACGCGCGGCCUGGCUGAUGGAGGAGUGCGAGAAAGGCGUCCUUCAGAACUACACGUAUAAGGGAAAAAAAAUAAUGGGGAAGUGCUACGAAAAAGAGUUUCCCGACGCUUAUUACUGGGAAAUGGCAAGACCGGCGGAGGAGACGGCGUGGCUUAACUUCACAGAGAUGUGGGUGAACAAGGACACGGGCCUCGACGACUGGAAGGACAUUUCGGGGCUGGACGCCGACCACUUCACCGACUGGGGCCUGGACGAGUGGAACCAGUGGGCCAACGGCUUCGAUACCCUUGUCGACUAUCUGAAGGCCGAUAUCCCAGAUGCCAACGUGAAGAUGUCCUCGCCCGUCUGUAGGAUAUUCUACGGGCGAAAAGUGGCGGGGAAGCGCCUGAGGAAUCGCGUGCUGGUGGUGACCCAGGACGGCACCUCCUACCUGGCGAACCACGUUAUCGUCACGGCCUCCAUCGGGCACCUCAAGGAGCGACACGACAAGAUAUUCACCCCCGCUCUCAAGUCGGGUUAUCGAAGCGCUAUGGCUGUGACGAAGCUGGGCUUGGCCGAUAAGGUGCAGUUGGGCUGGGAGAGCCCGUGGUGGGGAAACGCCCCUUUAGACCUCAGCGUCAUCUUCACAGAAAAUAUGCCCGGUGAAAUGUCUUGGCUCCAGGGAAUAAUGGAGUUCAUGACGAUCCAUCAGCAACCAAACAUGCUACAAGCGUUCGUCCCGGGAAACUACGCCAGGCAAAUGGAAGCCCUGUCGGAAGAAACUGUAAAGCAACAUCUGGUCACACACUUGGCGACGGUCACAUCUCAAACCGUUCCCGCUCCUACCUUCUUCAGGAGGACUCAGUGGGAGGAGAAUGUGUGGAUGAGAGGCUCCUACAACUCUUACGUGACGGUAGAGGGAGGCCUCUCAGUUAUGCCAAACCGCAGACCUUUGGCGAGACCUUUCAGGAGGAACGGCAAGCCACUGUUGUUGUGGGCGGGCGAGCACCCCCACACUACUCGCUAGGGCAGCGUCGGGGAGUAGGGCCAAGGAGAACGAGAGGCCAAAAAAAUCAUUCGAUCAAGGGGAAUAAAUAUGACCUAG